AUGGUGCUGUGGGUAUUCGGGUAUGGGUCCCUGAUCUGGAACCCCGGAUUCGACUUCGACGAGAAGAUCCUGGGAUUCAUCAAGGGCUACAAGCGAACGUUUAAUCUCGCUUGCAUUGACCAUAGAGGCACACCACAGCAUCCGGCCAGGACCUGCACCCUUGAAUCCGAAGAUGAAGCCAUAUGCUGGGGAAUUGCUUAUUGUGUCAAAGGUGGUCUAGAAAAAGAACGAGAAGCAAUGCAGUACUUGGAGAGAAGAGAAUGCGAGUAUGACCAGAAGAUCUCUGUGGAUUUCUACAAGGAUGGAAAUUCUCUGGAACCAGCUGUGACGGAUGUAUUAGUUUUCGUAUCCACUCCUGAUCCUGUUGGCAACAAGUACUAUCUUGGCCCUGCUGCUUUGGAGGAUAUGGCAAGGCAAAUUGCUACAGCCAGCGGCCCUAAUGGAUAUAAUAGGGACUACCUAUUCUCAAUGGAGAAGGCACUGUCCAAUAUAAGCCAUGAAGACGAGUCGAUUAUUGUGCUUGCGGAUGAGGUGAGGAAGGUGCUGAGCAGGUCGACGGAGAAGAAGGUUACCGGCUCCGACAUGCCAUUAAAAUCGCAUACUCCCGUUGUGCACAUCCCUGCUCUUCCUGAGGGCACCGUCGUGGUCUCAACAUAG